UCGCUUGACUCCGAUGACAAACAAACAUGGCCGACUCGCAGCUCAGCCUCGACGAUAUCAUCAAGCAGAGAAAUAUCCGCCCAGGAAACAAACCAGGCAAUAGAAACAUAGUAAAGGACGUGGGAGGGGGACUGGGAAGAGGUCGAAUUAUCAAAGGACGCCCCAAUCUGAUAAUUGGACCACCAGCACAAGGGGUUAUAGGUGAUGCUAGAAACAAAAUCAUCCAGAAAAAACGUCUUCGACUCAGAGAUGCACGAGAUCGCCUUGCUGAAAUUGCAAAGCAGGGUGAUGCUCGAGACAAGAUCAACAAGAACAGGAAGUUCUCCAGUGCAACACAGAAGAAUCCUGGCAUACGGAAGACCCCCAGACUAAUGGAUGAGAACAUGAGGAAUGAGAAUUUUCCUUCUUACCUUGGUGGACAGACCCGCAUGCAAGGAACAUCACUGAUCCGCACAGUGGCUGGGAGUGAUGGGCUCGGCAAAGGGAACGUCAUAGUUAAAGGAAAGCCAACUGCUACCAACUUCUCAAAAGGACUGCAGAGGCAAAUUCCAUCAAACAGUCGACCGCAGCCUGUCACAAGAACUCGUGAUGGCGAACGUUAUCAUCCAUUGCCAAAUAACCCCCAUGUUGUGACAAUCAAGAAUGACAAAGCAGACUUUUAUAAUCCAUCUUAUCAGCAAGUUGCAAGACAGCAAGAAUUGAGGGAACCCCCAGUGAAGCUGACAGCCAGGAAUCCUCCAGUCCGAUCCAUGGGGCUGUCUUCAGCAGGUUCACAGACCUACAGCGUGAGUGGGAUGCGGUCAGAUGCCAUGAUGAGAGCUCGAUCUCCUGAGCAUAGGCUCUACCGUUCCAGAAAAUCACCAGAAAUGGAAGAGAUCAGACCAACUCGUUUAAAAAUAACUACAGCAAAUAAUUUCAGGGAGCCAAGUCCACAGUAUAGUGAUGGAUGGGAGUCACCACCCAGGUUGCCUUCAAGAGUGCCAGCAGCAAGGGCCCCUGCAACAAGGGUCACAGCCUCAAGAGCUCCACCUCCUCGAGUGCCUGCUAGAAUAGCAACCAGGUCUCCUGUCAAGAAACGGCCAGCAUAUGAUGAUGAUGAUGUUGAAACUGUCACUCGCCCAAAGAAGAUGGCUCCUUUAUCAUCUGGUCUCAUGGCACGCCUUGAUCAGCCUCAAAGGUCAAGUGCUCCUCAGGGAUUCAAGGUAUUGGUUACUAAUCUGCACCACUGUGUUAGUGUUGAAGACAUGGAAGAGCUGUUUGGGACCAUUGGACCAAUUAUUUCUGCUCGAAUAGUGAGAGAGGGCAUUGCUGAAGCAGUUUUUCUGAAUGAGGAGGAUGCUUUCAGAUCAGUUGAGGUAUUCAACAACAGGCAGUUAGAUGGGCAGCCCAUGAGUGUAACUGUUGUUAACAAAAAGUCAUCCUCACUAUCAGCACCACCACCUCCACCAAUUCCUGCAAAUCCUAGAACUCAAACCAAAUCUGUUUUAAAAGCUGCAAGAGGGCGCACGGGUUACUAUGUGUGAGAGUAAGUCUUUGGCAGCAGUCUGUUGACAAGCGGCAGAGGCACUGCAGGACUGCCGGGCCUCAAAAGCUUGAGGAAAGAAGAGCAAGUAGCGCCCGACCUCUCAACAAUCCGCCAGGCUCUUUUCAGCCGGUCUCAUCCUCCUGCCUCAGACCACACCUUCCUCGUGAAACUCCCAAAGGCACAGUCUAAAUAGGCGUAGGUUCAGCUUAAGAUGCAAGGACGCGGUAUUUUUUCUCCCUGCCUUCUCCUCCUGUUUCUUUUUUUUUCUUCUUCUUCUUCUUUUCUUUUCUUUUCUUUUGCCUUUUUUUUACCUCUCUAUUUUUUUUCUUUCGUUCUUUCUUCUUUCCUUCUUUCCAUAUUUCAUUUUUCCAUUUCUUGUUUCUUGUUUUCAUACCUUUUCUUUUUUCUGUAUUCUUUCAUUCCCUUUUCUUCUUUUCAUCUAUUUUUAUUUUGUAAUCAAAAUGACCAGAGCUUAUGCACACUCGAUAUGGAACAGGUGUUGUCAUAGCUUGGUAACCUUUUUUGUCCAAUUGGGUGUGUGAAAAGGAGAAUAAUCAGUAUGGUUUUGUAUCCUGUUUUUUUUUUUUGUUUUUGUUUUUUUCUUUUUUUUCUUCACCUCUCUUUUGAGAUCUGGAUUUAAGUUUUAUAGGAAGAGUCAUUUGCAUAUGGUGCAGGUAAUAAGUAUGAUUGUGUCUAUAUCAAGUUUUUCUGUGUAUAUUUUAUUUUAUUUUUUAUUUUAUUUAUUAUUGUUUUUUUAAUUUAAUAAAGAGUUUUCUCCCCCUGUAUUUUCUUUCUCUUGUUUUGCCAAAGUGCAUUAUUUUUUUGUUGCUUUUUUAUAUUCCCUGUUUGGGGUAUUUAUUAGGAUUAAUGAAAUCUAAAAUAUAUUGAGUUAUUUGUAAACUAGAUUUUUUACUGAUUAAAUAUAAAACUGUUCUUAUUCAGAGAUCAGCAGGUUUCAGUACUUUGUAUUUGUUUGCUGUAGAUGUAUUCCAAUGUGUAAAGUGGAAAAUAAAAAAAAAAACAUAGUUCUA